AUCAUACAGAGGAAUGAGCUCUUUGGAAAUGGACACACCACCAUUUCCGUAGACUCCUUCAUAGGUCCUGCCUGUGUAUUUAGCUGCUGCCCAGCCUGCCAAAGUAAGUUCCCUCCUAGGGAAACAGAAAGCAACCAGAUGCUCCCUCAAAUUUAUAGCAGAUAAAAAGAUUUAUGUGGCAUCGAAGCACUGGUGAAAAUGUAAGUUUGAAUAUUCAAUUAACUCUGUGCAGGUGGCACAUGUCUGUAUUCAAAUUUGCACAUGUUUGCUGUGUCUGUGUGUCCAUAACAGAGUAUGCAUGCAUUUUUACACUGGCAUCAGAACAAGGGUCAAAUGAGAUGGUACACAACUACACAAAGUGUGUAAAGGUAAAGGGACCCCUGACCAUUAGGUCCUGUCAUGACCAGCUCUGGGGUCGCGGCGCUCAUCUCGUGUUAUUGGCCGAGGGAGCCGGCGUACAGCUUCCAGGUCAUGUGGCUAGCAUGACAAAGCCGCUUCUGGCGAACCAGAGCAGUGCACGGAAAUGUCAUUUACUUUCCCGCUUGGAGCGGUAUGUACCUAUUUAUCUACUUGCACUUUUGAUGUGCUUUCAAACUGCUAGGUUGGCAGGAGCUGGGACUGAGCAACGGGAGCUCUCCCCGUUGCGGGGAUUUGAACUGCCGACCUUCUGAUCGGCAAGCCCUAGUGUCUGCUUUUAUCUAUAUCACUUCUGUUCCUCUGUGGAUUUUGUUGAGUAUACCAUUGUGUGCUACACCUGUGCGCAUGUGUAGUCCUGAAUGUAUGUAAGAUAUGGGCAUGAAAAGGAUUUAACAGUGUUUAAUCAAUACAUGGCUGAUGCCCCCAUCUUCCUUGCUUUGUGAACUGUUUGAAAAGCACUUUGCCGAUAUGUGAAUUUCCCUAUCUUCCAUUCUAUUCGUCAUCACCAUGAGGGUGGAUGCCUCUGGCAAAGUGUCCCUGUUUACAAUCUCCACCCUCUGCCAACCAAUCCUUUCACAUUCCAGCCACACCUGCUGUUCCACAUUCACCCUUGGCCACUCUCUCCCACUGACCUUGUGCUGUGAGCCUCAAUUUUUAAAUCUACGGCAAAGAAAAGAGUCAGCCUGCAGAUCUCAGCGUGGAAGAGCCCUGCUAUACAACUGUCGGAGAAAAGAAGUUAUCUCAUCUGCCGUUUCCUUGGAUCAUUGCAAAAGAUAUCCUUUUGUAGGGCCCUGUGGGGCUGGUAGAGAUGCAAAGAGGCUUAGAGACUCCAGACCAGUUAGGUGCCAACCGGGAGACUCCAGGAAUCCCUGAGAUCAAAGUUGUUGUAGUAGGAGAUGGAGGCUGCGGAAAGACAUCGCUGCUCAUGGUCUUUGCAAAAGGAGACUUCCCCAAGGUUUACAUCCCAACAGUAUUUGAGAAAUAUUCAGCCCCCUUCCGCAUCAACGACAAGCAAGUGAAUAUCAGUCUCUGGGAUACAGCAGGGCAGGACGACUAUGACAGGCUCCGCCCCCUCUCCUAUAAUGGGGCUCAUGCAGUUAUCAUGUGCUACGAUGUCACCAGCCCUGCCAGCUUCAACAACAUCCUCACAAAGUGGUACCCUGAAGUGAACCAUUUCUGCAGAGGGAUUCCACUUCUGCUUGUUGGAUGCAAGACAGACCUAAGAAAGGACAAGGUUCUGCUAAGGAGGCUGCAUCAGGACCAAAUAGAGCCCAUCACAUACCGGGAGGGGGAGAAUAUGGCCCGGAAUCUCCAUGCAGUUGCCUACCUUGAGUGCUCAGCCCGUUUCCAUGAGAACAUCAUCGACAUAUUCACAGAGGCUUCCAGAGCAGCCUUGAGUACCAUGAAGAAGAAGAAGCGCAGGCGCAAACCCAAAAGGACUUGCCUGCUUUCCUGAUAGCCAGAGUAGAUCAACAUGUAAGCAGAUGGAUGGAACCAACAGUGGAGGCUUGGUGGGGUGUUCGGCAACUGCCCAGCACCUCACACUUUAGGGAGCCCCCCAGUCUUGUACAAAAUCCUGCUUGCCUCCUUUAUGGUCAGUCAUUCCCAGCAGGAUUAGCACUGAUUUCAGUUGAACAUAAACUUGGGAGAGGCUGGAAUUACAGUGGAUUGAUUGAGGACCCCCAAGGAGGCUCAAAACAGUUCAUUUCAUUAAACAGGGUACUAGAGAAUUGACUUUUAAAUUAUCAGUCAUUAUACCAUUAUUUAUCAGUGAACUGACUAUCACCAAACCACCAUAUGUUCCUCCCACGAUGAUAUUACAUAAUAAUCAUUUUUAAAUGUUUAGUUUUUGGGGGUUUCCUCAACAUAACAAUUUGUUUCGUUUUGUUUAUGACUUGUAUCUGUGUAGUUACAAUGUGGUGUUAGAUAAUGUAUUGUUGCACACCAGCUAGUCACCGUCCAUUUAUAUUCAAGAACACCUCACUCAAGGGCCCUCUUCCAGAAAACAUGAAUCCCAACUUCUGACACCAGUGCUGCACACCACCCCAAUCUCUGAGCUGUGCAAAAUUCUAGGGGUUCCAGGUACUUUGUCCAGGGUCCAUGUUUCAUUUUGGGAAUGAGGCACAUCAGAGACUGUGGAGUCUUUAUGAUAUAUAGUUUAUUUAUACAUAUAUACCUGAGCCUGAACCAUAAAGAAGGCUGAUCGCCGAAGAAUUGAUGCUUUUGAAUUAUGGUGCUGGAGGAGACUCUUGAGAGUCCCAUGGACUGCAAGAAGAUCAAACCUAUCCAUUCUUAAGGAAAUCAGCCCUGAGUGCUCCCUGGAAGGACAGAUCGUGAAGCUGAGGCUCCAAUACUUUGGCCACCUCAUGAGAAGAGAAGAAUCCUUGGAAAAGACCUGAUGUUGGGAAAGAUGGAGGGCACUAGGAGAAGGGGACGACAGAGGACGAGAUGGUUGGACAGUGUUCUCGAAGCUACGAACAUGAGUUUGACCAAACUGCGGGAGGCAGUGGAAGACAGGAGUGCCUGGCGUGCUAUGGUCCAUGGGGUCACGAAGAGUCGGACACGACUAAACGACUAAACAACACAAACAACAACAACAACCUGAGCCUAUGAUGGGUUCACAGCAUUAACACUCCAAGAGUGUAUUGCUUCUCCCAUAGCUGCAGCCUUGAAUCCAAACAAACAUCAGACAUCAUGCCCUGCCUGCUACUUCACUUCUCCUGGUCACAUAACUCCAAACACUGCUAGUCUAAGCUCUGGCUUUAUCUGUUGGGGGAAAGGUCCCACUCAUUUGCCAUCUCACACCGAGCACCUUUGAUCUUUUGUCAUAUUAAUGGCUCAUCACCCAUCCCACCACCUCAGCACAGGAGAAUAGCCUGGCUUAAUUAGCUCUGGACACUUGCUGAUUCUGGGGAAACUUAAUACAUACGGGUCUGGCAUCUAGUUUUAACACCCUAAGCUUAAAUUAAAUUCUAACAGCUACUAGACCCAGGAAUUUAGGGAUGUCUAGCACCCAUAAACUCAUAAUAUUCUCCACUCCAGUUGUAUUAAAAAUUGACCACAAUGAAUGUAUUAUGAGACAAUUGUACUUCCAUUGCAGUUUCAUGUAAAGAAUCAAGUGAAAUUUUAUGCCUGACUUGCUUUCAUUCCUUUAAGGGGCCCCAAAUGAUUUCUUGCCCAGCCCCCCCCAAAAAAAACCUUAGGGGCACCAGAAUGUACCAGCUUAAAAUCAAUCCUCCAAGAUCAAAUGACUCAAUAUCUUCUUGCUUUUAGCAGCUGGUCAUCAAUUGCAUAAGCUUAAGUGGAGAAGAUUAGUAGAUGGUCUUAGCUUCUGGACCUAAAUGUCAUGAGAACCAGGUAAAGACCUCCCUCCACAUACUGUAUUCCAUUUAUGUUUAUACCAGCCAAAUGCAGCCUACCAGCCACGCAAUAAGCCUCCUGUUUUUUCUGUCUGCUUGCAUUAGAUUGCAGAUGGAGGAGUUGUCAAGUGCCUGGCAUGCUGCAGUACACAGGUAGCAAGCAGGCUGCAACCAGCUUCUUUAGGACAGGUUUACACCAAACCUUAAAAGAACAUUCUCCCACCUUCUAGAUCUGUUGUCCACUAUAUCUACCCAAGCGCUUAUGUCCUCCUUGUUGUUCCUUGUCAACAAUGUCAAUUCCAGAAAAUUAUAUUUCCUGAGAAGCUGCAGU